AUGGCUAAUCCAGCAAGACGCGACCGACGGGUGCCAGAAGCAACUGAGGCCUGGAUUAUUGGGAGUGGGACUUCUUCCUUAGCAUCAGCAGUGUAUCUGAUCCAGCUUGCCCAUUUACGUCCUUCUGCUGUGCAUGUCCUCGAUGAACACUUGUCCAUGCAGCAAGCAAUGCACCAAGAGAGAAGUGCGCAUGAUGGAUAUGAUCAGUUUGCAGGGUGUCUUCCUAUUCCUGCCGGGAAGGAAUUGAAUAGGAUUCUUGAUAUGGUACCAUCUGCUGUGGAAGGCCAGUCUCAUCUGCAUUACAUCCAAGAAGAGGAAAAGAAUCUCGCCUUACAUUCAAGUCAAGGGACAUCUUUUGUCGCUCAAACUGAACAUGGUGCGAUAGAAUUUAGACGCGCUGUCAAGCAAUAUUUAUCCGGCUUCCACAGCUUGAGUAUUUUGACCUGCCUGGAUUUCACCGGCCGGUAUCAAUACGAGGCUAUAUAUGUUCCGAUAUAUUUCUUCCUCCAGAGCCAAGGCGUGGACUUUCAGUUCGGGGUCAAAGUCAGGAAUGUUGAAACCACCGUCAACCAACACCGUCAUAUAAUUACUAGGUUAGCCGUUUCCCAGCACGGCCUUGACUUCAAAUACUUUCUAGGGCCUAGCGAUAUUGUCAUCGGUACACCGGGCUCAACUGUAUCUGGAUCUUCAAUUGGAAACAAUAAUACGCCGCCCGCUUGGGAUUCAAUCGAAGCAAGAGACCAACUCGACGCCAACUGGGCACUAUGGCUCGAAGCUGGAAAUAGGUAUCCCGAUCAUGGCAACCCCUACACAUUUUGCACCCGCAAAUCGGAAUCUAUGCUGGAAUCCUUCACAAUCACAACCGAGCAUGUCGAGUUUUUUGACUACCUUCAAUCUCUACUGCAAAGCAAAUCUCACGCCGGCACAAUCAUUCUCAUGAAUAAAAGUAGCUGGGGAGUGAGGCUUUGUCUCCCUCUCCAGCCCGUUUUUGCUCACCAGUCGCAAGAUGUCCGCGUCCUCUGGGGAUUUGCGCUCUUUCCCGAAAAGGAGGGCGAUUGUUUCGACAAGUCUCUGCUGUCCUGUUCCGGGUUUGAAAUCUUGUGCGAGAUUCUGCAUCAUCUUGAUAUUCCCGACGAAUUGGCCUCGGAAGUCUUACAGCGCUCUAUUACCAUCCCUCGCGCCAUGCCGAGAAUGAGCUCGACACUGUUGACCAGAUCCCUCAAAGACCGUCCGGGCAUUACGCCAGAAUCGGUUGUUAAUCUCGGCUUGGUUGGGCCUUUUGUCGAAACUCCGUGGCGGACUUGCGUGGACACCAGUUACGGUGUUUACGUCGCACGGGAAGCUGUUUCGCGGCUUAUGGGUCUUCAAGUCCGACCUGAGGAAAGGUCGGGUCCGUCAAUUUUGAGGGUUUUGAUGACUCUGUUGUGGCGGUGA